UUCAUUUCUUCUACUUAUACAGUGCCAUGGACUCACAAUGCGGGGACGUUUCGGAUUUAAAUGUCCCCGACAAGAACUUCAGUAACAGCGCAGGGGAGUCCAGACGUCCUUCCGGCUCGGUUGAGAAGGGACAAGAGGAAACAUCCGAUGUAUUUGGGGAUUUACUGGAACUGCCGGUUGAAAUAACUGAGAGACGUCCCACAUGUCUAAGAUGUGGGCGACCUCAAAAAGUGUGCUUGUGUCCCUUUCUGCCGGCGCGCCCCCUAGAGGUGUCCACAUGCCUGUACAUUGUGCAGCAUCCUGCAGAGGAGAGUCGGGCACUCCGAACAGUUCCACUUUUAGCCGCUUCCCUCUCCCCCGGCAAGUGCAAAGUUCUAGUUGGAAGGAGGUUUAGUGAAGAAAGGAACCCUGAGCUGGCCGCAGUGUGUCGCGACCCUCACACGCUGGUUCUGUACCCUGGCCUGGAUGCGGAGAACCUGGAGGACAUGGAGAAGGAGCUCUCGACCUCGGCGCGCAGCAUCAUCAUUAUCGACGGGACGUGGAGCCAGGCCAGAGACAUGUUCCUCCGAAACACCCUCUUCCGCCUGCCAAAACAGGUGCAGCUGAGAAGCUCUCUGUCCAGCCAGUACGUGAUCCGUACACAGCCCACCAACAUGUGCCUGUCCACCCUGGAGUGUGCCGCGGCAGCACUGUCCAUCGUGGAGAGGAGACCAGCCAUACAGGAGCAACUGUUGCGGCCGCUGCAGGCCCUGUGCACCUUCCAACUGCAGCACGGCGCUCAGGUGCACCACAGCAAAGAGCAGCUGCUGAGGACCGGCAGGUACGAGAAGCCCAUGCCCAAGAACAGGCGCAAGAUCAAGCGGAUGGAGCAGCUCAUCUCCAACCUGAACAUCUAGAGGAUGGGCUUGGGCUGGAGAUCUGCCUGACUCGAACCUCUACAUUCCGGAACACCGCAGACCAUACAGCUGUUGGACCAAACUUACCACCUUGCUAAAUAACGAGGGUCUGUGUCCAGGACCGCGAGCUAUUUGGACCUCGCCUCCAGCCCCACCAAAUGGGUAGCGAAGCAGAAAUGAUUUGCCUGGCAGGGGGAUCCGCAGUCUUGUUGACGUUUCUCCGGGAUGGGGGACAGAAUACUUCAUUUUAUGUUUUGCCACUGUGAGAUACAGAAACACAGAGGAAGUCUGUUUACCGAAAGGGAAUUUUUAUGCAGCGUCUGAUUAAACAAAAAGAGUAGGUUUCUUGGCUCUGACCUUCCUCCACACAUGUUCGCUCUUGCAGGAGAAGAUUAAGCCCAGCUGAGCAACACUGUUUGCGUUUGAGCAAAGGUGAAACAUUGGCAGUUCUUUUGAUUCUUCUUAAAGCACCGGCGACCUUGUGCUAUAGGGUAGAGCUUAUAGAUGAAGCUCCUGUUAUCCUGUGGUGGGCGCAGUGUCAGAUGUCCCCGGGACCCCUGUCCCUCUUGUACUCUUUGGAAUACUGUAAUGGUCAUGGCCCCCAUUUCAGAACGCAGUUCCUUUGCUGCUUGUUAACGGUUCCAGAGUGCUGAUGAUGUAUGUGUUAAGUGUGUUAAGUACAUGUUAAGUACGUAGUUGUAUAUUCCUUUUUUUGGGGGAGGCUAAAAAAAACUGCCUUCACUUUAUAAUUUAAUGUCACUGUGUGAAAAAAAAGGCAGGAACAUCACAGGUCGUUACCAUAUACGUGAGGGAUCGUACGGCCCCCGCACCACUUGGAAGAUAUUUAAUAAACUAGACUGACUCACUGGGGUGGGGUUGGUCUGUGAUUUACCUGCAAA